AAUAUACACACAGGCCUACUACACGUUAUAAACAUCAGGAACGCUGACGUCAAUCGAAGUUUUCGGGUUUCACAUUAAGGAUAUGACUUCUUUAUAAAGCUGCAAGUGACACCUGCUUGAGAUUUUAUAUCCUUCAGUGAUGGAUUCCUUGGGGCCAGGGCCUCCAUCAACAUCUCCUCCAGUAGGGCCCCCAACAGAAGAGCAGUGUGGAGUUUUCUGGUCCCACAAUCAAACUAAAUAUGACUUCACAGGAGGAGAAUAUGGAGAAAUUCCUUUCACUCUCAUCAUCAACAGCAUCGGAUGGGUGGUGCUCAUCUUACUAUUUGCCAUUCUGAGAAAGAUUGCCUGGGAUUACGGCAGGAUAGCGCUCGUGAGCCGAACAGAGGAAAAUACUCAAGUGUUGAAGAAGGGAAAUGGCUACAAUGUAUGGACGUCUUUAUUUUUUGGGGAGAGAGAUAAGCCAGCACAUGGUUCCCAGGAGUCCCUAGAUACCCACCUGCACUCUCAGGAUAAG